AUGCCGGCCAUUCGCAAAUGCUGUAUUGUCGGGUGUAUGUCAAAUUCCCGAACAAAUCCAAAUCUGCAAUUUUUCCAAUUUCCCCGACCGGAAAAUCCCUACCACAAAGAAUGGAAGGAGGCUUGUCAUGCUUCCAUGAGCCGUAUACUGCCAUUUAAGAAGCCAGUUUUAUGCGCCGCCCAUUUCUUGCCUCAGCACAUUGGCGGUCGCCGUUUAACCAGCAAUGCCGUACCCACCCUAAAUCUAGACGUUCCUGCCAACCUAAAGGAUGUGGAAAAUCAGGCAAUGUUUGUGGAACUCGAAAGAAGCCGCAAGCAUGCCUACAUUAAUGCCGUAGUUUAUGAAUGGCUGGUGCGGGCCAAUUUGAAUCCCCAACUGCGUGGCUCCAUUACACAUGGUAUGAUCAAGGAAAAGGCCGAAACGGCUAAGAAAAUAAUUGGAUGUGAUGGUUUUGUGGCCGAUAAUCGUUGGCUGAAUCGCUUCCGUGAAACACAUUUAACAAAUUUUGCCAAAAAGCUAGCCUCCAACCAAUUAAAGCCCAUGGGUCCCUCACUGUGGAUACCGGAUAUUGUACAGGAUUUACAGGCUUCCUUUCCGCCAACUAAUGCGGAACGUUUUGAUAACUUUGAAAAUGUGCCCGAGCAAUAUAUUGACUACAUGAAACAAUAUGGAGAGUAUGAUGAGGACGAUGACACCGAUCAGGAUCAGUCUGUGAGUGGCAUUAAAGAGGAAGAUGAUCAGGAUAGUAAAACGAAAGCACAGGCCUACUAUCAGAAUUUCCAGGCUGGACAAAACUAUUACAACAGUGGUCAGCAACAGUAUAACAAUUCGUUUGGUUCAGAAGGCGGCGCCUAUGAGGAUUACUACAAUGACAGGCAGCGUAAUGGUCGACCAUCCGCCCUCAAUGAACAUCAUCACAUGAAGAAUAGAUACAGCUUACCGAAUCCCACAAACGGGCAUGCAAACAAACGACGUCUAUCGGGUACAGAUACCGAUAGGAAUGGACCGUUAAAUAAACGUGUCACACCCAAUUUCGGUUCCCGUUCCCAGUCACCUGCCAUCGUCGAUAGCAAUGAACGAAACGCUGAAAGCAACAACGAGAAAAGUUUUAAAAUUAAAUUGCCACUGGCCAAUGGCAAUAGUCGUUCAACAUCCUCACCCACAAAUUCCCAGCCAUCGACUAACAAUAACAACAAUUCGCGCUCGAACUCUCCCAAAUCACAAAAUGGUGAAAUAACCACAAACGGCCAUAGCUCACCGUCGCCGAGCAUAGGCACAACCGUUAAAGACUUGGAAACCUAUGAACAGGCAUUGGAAUAUCUAAAGCCAUUGGAAGAUUUUGCCUUGUUCAAAGAGAAUUUCCGAGCUAUUGGUUUAUUGUCGCAAUUGGAGGCGGUGUUGCGAAAGGGAAAACUAUCAACAACAGAAGAGACUGAACAAAUUGGCGAAUAA